AUGGUAAGUGCUGAGUGGCUCUCUGUAGCAGCUGCUGAUCCUAUUGAUGUUCUGCGAGCGCUCGGGCUGUCAGAGAACAUGGAGGGGGUGUCCUUGGAGGCUGGUCUCUGCACCAGCAGGACGGGCUCGGAGGAGAUGGACCUGGCUUACAAGAUCAAAAAGAUCCAGCUCAGUGCUCCCACUAAACAGCUAUACCCUGAUUCAAAAUUUCCUGAGAAUUUCUCCCUGAUGACUACCUUAAGAGCUACAAAAGGCUCCCAGUUCUUCCUUCUCUCCGUCUACGAUGACCAGGGGGUUCAGCAGCUGGGACUCGAAGUGGGACGGUCACCUGUCUUCCUGUAUGAAGACCAGCACGGACAGCCCACUCCAGAACUAUACCCCACAUUCAGGAAAAUCAACCUGGCUGAUGGAAAAUGGCACAGGAUAGCCUUCAGCGUGCACAACAAGUCUGUGACCCUAUACUUGGAUUGUGAGCGGGCGGAGACCCUGGAUCUGGUGCGCGGAGACGAUGCUGUGGUCAGCACCGAGGGGGUCACUGUGUUUGGAACACGCUUGCUGGAUGAAGAAGUUUUUGAGGGAGAUAUUCAGCAGCUGAUGAUUCUGGAGGACUCCCAGGCGGCUUCUGACUACUGUCUUAACUACAUGCCAGACUGUGACUUUGCUUUGCCACACGGCAGCCAAGCUCUCGGCAAGCAGGAGCUCUUCCAACUUGAGUCUGAUACUCUGAUGCAAAGGGACGAACCAACUGAGCAAACGGAGGUCUCCAAAAAAGGCAGGAGAGACAAAAAUAACAAAAAGAAGAAAGACAAAAGCUCUCGAGGAAAACGCAAAGGCAAGGGCAAAAAGGGGUCGAGAAAGAAAAAGCAUGAAGAGGAGGGUUUUGAGGAGGGCUUCCUCAGAGUAUCCACAACUCUGCCAGAGAUUCAAUCAUGGGAACCCUUCCAGCCCACAGACCUUCCAGACUUUAGGAGCUCCCUUAAAACAAUAUUUCCCACUCAAGUUUUUGAUAUAACCACCAUGGAGAUGUCCACACAUAAACCUGACUUCACAACUAAGGCCCCCACUGUGGUGCCCAGCUUACCGCCUGUAUACAAGGUUACAGAGGAGGAGGUCACACCUCUGGAGAAGGCAGUGGUGGUGGAGUAUGAAGACGGUCUUUACGGAGACCUCGUUGAAGAUGUCUCAGUUUCCACAGUAACUGUGAGCCCAAAUGUCACCGAGCAUGAGCUUCUUGACUAUGAAGAGUUCAAAAAUGACACGGAGUUUGAGUAUGAAGAGUAUGAAAUCUACGAGGACGACUUUGACUUUGCAGAACGGGAAAGAGCGGAGACGUUGAACGUUGAGGCUACACUCAGAGCAGAAAAGGGCCAAAAGGGAGAGCCAGCUAUUAUUGAACCGGGUCUGUUAGUGAUGGGACCUUCAGGCCUCCCGGGACCAGAGGGUCUUCCUGGACCAGCUGGACCAACAGGCCCUCCAGGACCCAGGGGUGAUCCAGGUGAACUGGGUCCCCAAGGACGUCCUGGCCUUCCUGGCGUUGAUGGAAUCCCAGGUCCUCCAGGAACCCUACUGAUGUUACCAUUUCAUUAUGGAGGGGAUUCACAGAAGGGACCAGGGGUGUCUCCCCUGGAGGCACAAGCACAAGCCAUCCUGCAGCAGACUAAGAUGUCACUUCAGGGACCUCCAGGUCCAUUGGGUCUUACAGGACGACCAGGCCCGGUGGGUGUUCGGGGUCCAUCUGGGCCAAAGGGUGACCUGGGAGAAAACGGUCCCUCUGGGCCUCGUGGUUUGCCAGGCCCCCCUGGGAUUAAUGGAAAGCCAGGCAAGAGGGGACGCGCAGGUGUAGACGGAGGUCGUGGAUCUCCAGGUGAAACGGGCACAAAGGGUGACAGAGGCUUUGACGGUCUGCCAGGUCUCCCAGGAAACAAGGGACACAUAGGGGACAGAGGAAGGCCUGGUCCUCUAGGGCCUGUUGGAGAGCAAGGAGAAAAGGGAUCUGAUGGACCUGUCGGACCAAGAGGGCAACCAGGUGAACCUGGUCCACGAGGUCUAGUUGGGCCAAGGGGGCCACCCGGGGCACCUGGACAAGCGGGGAUUCGUGGAACAGAUGGAGUUCAAGGGUCAAAGGGUAACCUGGGCCCAUCUGGAGAAAUAGGGCCCCCAGGUCAACAAGGAAAUCCAGGAGCACAGGGCUUUCCCGGUCCUCAGGGUCCUAUUGGACUGCCAGGAGAGAAGGGUCCUAUGGGUAAACAAGGCAUACAAGGACUAUUAGGUGUUGAUGGUCCUCCGGGUCACCCAGGACGAGAGGGCCCCCCAGGAGAAAAAGGCAUCCAAGGUUUACUUGGCAUCCAGGGCCCUGUUGGGUAUCCAGGCAUUCGUGGAGUCAAGGGAGCAGAUGGAGUUAGAGGUCUGAAAGGAAGCAAAGGAGAAAAAGGAGAAGACGGCUUCCCAGGGCCAAAGGGUGACAUGGGUGUCAAAGGAGACAGGGGUGAUAACGGAGUUCCUGGUCCUCGUGGAGAGGAUGGACCAGAAGGGCUAAAGGGUCAAUCAGGACCUGUAGGAGAUGCAGGACAAGGUGGAAUAGCAGGCGAGAAGGGCAAACUUGGUGUGCCUGGUUUACCUGGUUACCCAGGAAGACAAGGUCCUAAGGGAACACUUGGCUUCCCUGGUGUAGCCGGCAUGCUGGGAGAGAAAGGAAGAAGGGGUGCAGCUGGUACGCCAGGUCCAGGGGGUCAACGAGGUCCUAAUGGAGCACGGGGAGGAAAAGGGCCAAAGGGACCAACUGGAAAGCCUGGAGAAAAGGGUUCUGCUGGUCAAGAUGGUCCUCCAGGAGCUCCUGGAGACCAGGGUCCUCAAGGAGCACAGGGUGGGCAUGGUGAACCAGGGCCUAAAGGACCUAAUGGUCCACCUGGAAAGGAUGGAUUACCAGGACAUCCAGGUCAGAGAGGAGAACCAGGCUUUCAAGGAAAGAAUGGACCUCCUGGUCCACCAGGAGUUGUUGGACCACAGGGGAAAACUGGUGAGACAGGGCCAGCUGGAGAUAGAGGUCAUCCAGGUGCGCCAGGACCACCAGGUGAGCAUGGUUUACCAGGAACUGCAGGAAAAGAGGGUGCCAAGGGAGAUCCAGGUCCACCAGGAAUCACAGGAAAGAAUGGACCUCCUGGGCUUAAAGGCUUCAGAGGGAGCAGAGGGACUCCUGGUGCAGCGGGACCUCCAGGUCUAAAGGGAGGAGAAGGCUUACCUGGUGUGGCAGGAUCUACUGGUGCCACAGGAGAGAGGGGUCCCGCUGGGCCAGCUGGUGCCAUUGGCCAGCCAGGACGGCCAGGCAGCACUGGUCCUGCUGGGCCUACUGGAGAGAAAGGCGAGCCAGGAGAGAAGGGUGCUGUGGGGCCAGCUGGGCGUGAUGGGGAACCAGGACCUACAGGGCUGCCUGGGAUUGCAGGAUCGCCUGGACCUCCUGGGGAGGACGGAGACAAGGGAGAGCCAGGAGGACCCGGCCAGAAAGGCAGCAAAGGCGACAAAGGAGAAGCUGGACCAUCAGGACCUGUUGGUAUUCAAGGGUCUGUGGGCCAACCAGGAUCAUCUGGUGCAGAUGGUGAGCCAGGUCCUCGUGGACAAAUGGGUGUGUAUGGAGCAAAAGGUGAUGAAGGACCUAGGGGGUUUAAGGGGCCAACUGGUCCCUCUGGUCUACAGGGAAUGCCAGGACCACCAGGAGAAAAAGGAGAGAGUGGUCAUGUUGGUUUGAUGGGACCUCCAGGACAGCAUGGCCCACGAGGCCCUCAGGGACCCACUGGUGCCGAGGGCCCACCUGGUUCGUCUGGUGGAGUUGGGCAGCCUGGACUUGUUGGAGAGAAGGGUGAGGAUGGAGAAGCAGGAGACCCUGGAACAGUUGGAGAGCCUGGUCCUCCUGGGGCUAAAGGUGAUGUAGGGGAGAAGGGUGACUCUGGCCCCCCUGGAACAGCUGGACCUCCUGGAACCAGAGGUUCUCCAGGAGAAGAUGGACCCAAGGGCAACCUUGGUCCCAUUGGAUUUCCUGGAGAUUUAGGGCCUCCUGGAGAACCAGGUGCCAAUGGAGUUGAUGGCACCCCUGGACCUAAAGGGGAUAGUGGAGAACUUGGGAAAGCAGGACCACAAGGAGCCUCUGGAGAGCCCGGUCCUCCAGGACCACCUGGUCGAAGGGGUCAUGUUGGUGCUUCAGGAAAAGAAGGAAAACAAGGCAUAAAAGGAGCCAAAGGUGCUACAGGAACUCAAGGUUUAAUUGGAAAGACAGGCCCAGUAGGACCUCAAGGACCACCUGGAAGGCCUGGUCCAGAAGGGCUCCGAGGCAUUCCAGGUCCUGCGGGUGAACAUGGGUUAAACGGACCACAAGGACAAACUGGACCACCAGGACCAAUAGGGCCACCAGGACUUCCAGGACUAAAAGGAGAGCCAGGGAAAAAAGGAGAAAAAGGUCAUGGAGGGUUGAUUGGUUUAAUUGGCCCCCCAGGGGAAUUUGGGGAGAAAGGAGACCGAGGUUUACCAGGAAUCCAAGGUUUACAAGGAACUAAAGGAGAUGAGGGUAUACCUGGUCCACCUGGUCCCGUCGGCCCACCAGGUCAACCUGGGCUGUCUGGUCCAGCUGGUGAGAAAGGAUCGAAGGGAGAGCCGGGAGGACUUGGCGCCAUAGGAGAUCCAGGCCCUGCUGGCCAUCCAGGACCCCCUGGACCACCUGCAACGGUGGUUCAGCCCCUGCUGAUUUGGGAUGGAAGUCGAAAGAAAAGAAGGCAGUCAGAUCGAACAGACGGAGCUGCUGUGUCCAGGGAGGAAGAUGUGCACUUUGGCACUGAAGACUUUCUUCAAGGAGAUCAGCCUCUGGAGGAUCCUGAGGGAAUGGAGGAAGUCUUUGCUACCCUCUCGUCUAUGAAAAAUGAAGUGGAUUUCAUGAGGAGGCCUCUAGGAACAUUUGAGAGCCCUGCCCGAACCUGCAAAGAACUGAUGAUGGUUCAGUCGAACUACAAAGAUGGGGACUACUGGAUCGAUCCUAACCAGGGCUGCCACAGAGACUCCAUUAAGGUCUUUUGUAACUUCACAGCCUUUGGAGAGACCUGUCUCUACCCGGACAAAAGGAUUGAAAUGGUCAAAUUAUCAGCAUGGGGCAAAGAGAAACCAGGAAGCUGGUUUAGCCAGUACAAGAAGGGCAAACAGUUCUCUUAUGUUGACAGCAAUGGGAACCCUGUGCAUGUAGUCCAGCUGACCUUCCUGAAGCUUUUAAGUGCCACAGCCAAGCAGACCUUCACCUACACCUGUCAGAACUCGGCAGGCUGGUUUGACAGCACCUCCCACUCCUACCAGCAUGCCCUCCGCUUCCGGGGUAGCAAUGAUGAGGAGCUCACCCAAGCCAAAAGCCCAUUCAUCACAGCAGUGCAUGAUGGAUGCCAGUCCCGCAAAGGUCAGGAAAGGACAGUUUUAGAGAUCGACUCCCCCUCGGCAGAGCUGCUCCCAAUUAUAGAUGUGGCUCCAGCAGACUUUGGCAGCAACAACCAGAAGUUUGGAUUUCAAGUUGGACACGUGUGCUUCACUGGUUAA